AUGCCACAUACCACACCAUACUCACAGGAGUUAUAUACUACACAGAGGCCAGAAGUACUGGCUAGUACGUCAUAUUCAAAGAUACCGUAUACUACACCGUAUACAACGUUGUACUCCUUAUCACCAUCAGAAAGUACUCAAGUUAUUGUGGGAGAAACGGCUUUCUUGCCUUGUAGAGCUUAUGGUGUCAGCUCUAUUGACAGCCGGAUUUACUGGGAAAAGGUAGGUAUCAGUAGGGUAGGGUAGUUUAAAGACAAAGAAAGUUAAGAGAGGUGGGAUAACAUAGGGUAGAACACUUUAAGAUAAACUAGGUAAGAUAGGGUAGGGUAGGGUAGGGUAAAUUAACGUAAGUUAGGGUGCAUUAGGGCAAGGUAAAAACUUUCAGGGCCAUAGUAAAUCAAAAAAAAUAUUUUUGUGAACCGGUCCGGGCAGAAAAAACGAAAUUUUGUAGUUAUAUGCCUUCAAAAUUGCUGUGUAAUAUAUUAUCUGACCGAAAACCUUACCGAGAUUAAAAAAAAUCAAAUUUCAGUUGGAUGGAGCAAUGCCAUCACAAUUCAGAAUCGGAGAUACGGCUUUGGUAAUACCAAAAGUGAAAAAACAAGAUGCUGGAACAUAUCGAUGCAUAGUAGACACUGUAGACGGACAAAACCAUGUUGCUAUUGCUGAGUUGAGUGUUGGGGGUAUGAAGUUUCAGAAUUUAUUUUUCAUUUUAUUGACAAGCCUUAGGGUCUAUCUUAUACUAGGCUAGGGUGGCCUAGUAUAAGAUAGAUAGUUAGGUAUUAGAUUUCCGCAAAAGUCUUGUCGUUUUUAGGCAUCAAAAUCAUUGUGAAUUCACGACAAGACUUUUUAUAAAAAAAUAAAAAAUUUUUUUAAUGUCCCACCCUUUAAAAGUAGGUCUACUAGGUGCCGACAUAAAAAACCCGCCAUUUUUUACAGGAAAUUACAGGAAAAGUAUGGCGGGUUCUUUAUGUCGGCACCUAAUAUUAGGUUGUUCAUAUAAUUCUGCGCCCCGCACCCCUAGUUGUUCACAUAAUUCUGCGCCCCCGCACCCAACAAGUUAACUUUGAGAAGGGCGCAGAAUUAAGUGAACAACCUAAUAAAAGAGCAGCCUACUAUGCCCUGCCUCGGCCGGGAGGGGCCGAGCCAAAAUUAAACGAAUAGAGUCGAACCAAGCCGGAUCGUGCGAGCCUGAAGGCCGGGAAUAAAUGUAGCCCCAAAAUACCCACCCCUAAAAUUAAAAAAUCUUUUCCAGACUACAUCCCAACCUUUGACGGCUCAAGAAUCAUAGAAAUCACUCCAUUAACUCACGAACAAUGGCAGAGACUCGAUCUCGAGAUAUCAUUGCGGCCAAACAAAGAGAAUGGAGUUGUUUAUCAUGCUGAAAGACACGCCCCUGCCCAAGACCAUCAACUCUUUCAUGAUAUUGCUUUGAAACGAGGUCAUGUCGUCUACACUUUUGAUGUGGGCAACGGUGUUAGUCGAGUACAAAGCCCGGUUUCAAUUAAAAAUGGCGAAUGGAGCAAGAUUCGGAUUCGGAACGAUGAGAGCAGAGGUAAAAUACGUUUAUAUCAAAUAAGAAAACAAAUUUAAAAGUAUAGGUUGACUUAAAAUUUUUUUUUCAAUAAUUUUGUUCAAAUAAUAAUGCGCCCCUAACCCCGAACACAUGCUUUGAGAGGGGCACAGAAUUAUUUGAACAACAUAACAUAUUUUUAACAUAUUUUUUUGAAAGUAUUAAAAUUUUUUAAAAUUUCAGUCUCACUAAACGUGAAUCACCAAACCAGUGGCCAUGCCAGAAACGCUCCGCUGCCCUAUAUCAAGGAAAUCAAUGAUGGCACAGUGUAUCUAGGCGGUAUUCCAGGACAUUCAAAGCAGUAUCAACAACUUAAACAACCGGAAAACUUUGCUGGUAAGAAAAAAUUGUAGGGCGGGGCAGGGUAGGGCAAAUCUAAAAAAACAAAGAACAAUGAAAGGCUUGGCCCGAAAUUCAACAGUAAAGAGUCAAACUUGACACAAAAUGUGUUUUUUUUUGCUAAAAUUAGCUGUAAAAUACGUCUCGUAGCUUUUUUAUCACUAAAAAAUGAACAAAACCAAUAAUUUUAUUAUGUUCUAUCACCUUUAUUUCAUAAAAAAAUGUUUCAGGAUCAAUAUCCAAGCUCGUAAUCAACGGAAAAUCCAUUGAUAUUGGAGAAAGCGCGACUUCUCCCCCAGAAGUCGUUCUCCAACUCUCGACAAAUGAAUGUUUCGACAGUCCAUGCCAAAAUGCAGCUCAAUGUGUACCUGCCCACGAGUUUGAAGGCUUCAAAUGCGAAUGUGAAGCCGAAUUUACCGGAGAAUAUUGUCAGUUUCGAACGGGCUUGUGCUCCAACAAGGGUAAGAUGGUUUUGAUUAUAACUUUUGAUUAAAGUUAGGUAGAGCUUUGAUUUUUUGAGGGAUUGUAGCUUGUUUAGUUUUUGAUCUACUGUAAUAUAAAGAUUUUUUUAUUUGUUGUAUUCUUGAUGUUAUAGUAGGUUUACUGCACAUAUGUUUUAUAAGUAAAGUAAUAUGGAUGGCAGGCUGCUUUUCGUUAUAACUUGUUUUGAAGAAGAGAUAUGAUUCUAAAUUUUUGAGACGUUGUAGAUCCUUUGAUUGUUCAGCUACUACAAUAUAAAAUUUUGAACAUUUUUCAAAAGUUUCUAAGUUACAGUCAUUUUGCCAAGGAUUACAUUUUCUAUUGUUUUUGAAAAACGUUUUAAAUCUACAUUGCUUUCGCUUUUAAAUAAUCUUGAAAAAUGCCAAAGCCUUGACGAACUUGCAGUUUAUAACAUCUAUUUCUUAUUCUAACAUCCGUAUUUUACCUAAAAAUAAUUUUUUCAGAAAUGUGUGAACAUGGAGUAUGUGUAGAUGGAGAUUGGGGCGAAAACCACUGUGUUUGUCCAUACGGAAGGUAUGGCAAGUACUGUGAGAAUAUGAAAACGGACAUUCCUAUCAUAACAUACGAUGAGAUGGGAAGAGCAAAUAAGGGUUCAAAGUUUAAUGGCAGAACGAGCUUCAUCAGUGUACCUGCUCCUCAAAGUUCACGGCAUUUUAGGGUGGGUUUUCUUUGUUUUUGGGGGCGACUUUUGUUUUUAUACUGUGAAUUGGUUGCUAUAGGCUUUUUGAUGUUUUUAAGGUUUGUUUAGUAUAAUGAAUGUUCAAAAUGAGGUGUUUUAGACCUUCUUUAGCCAAAAAAAUCAAGAGUAAUAUACUCCAAACUAGGGUUAACAAUGAUCUUUCAGCUCUCCUUGGACAUAAACCCAAAGAAUUCUCAAAAACCUCAGCUUCUAGCUUACGUAGCUUCUACCUACAACACGAAGAAAGCCGAGUACAUGGCUCUAGUGCUCCAAGAUGAAGCACUGUACGGUCUUUACCACGGUAAACAUGGCACCAACCAACUACGAAGCUACGGUCGCGUGAACGCCAACAAAACUCACGAUGUAUCGUUCCUGCAUUCCGGUAAAACUAUUGAACUUAUUGUGGAUGGUCGUCGUACUAUGCAGCAUCUGGAAGAACCUGCCUUUUCGACUGGUACUGCUUUGUAUAUUGGUGGACUAGCGCCUGGAAUGAUGGUUACUGAGGAGUUGGAACAGUACGGUAAUUAUGAAGGAUGUUUGAGUACGAUAAGGGUGAAUCGACAGUUGAUUGAGGUGGAAUCGACCAGGGAUGUGGAGUCCGGCGACUUGGGGGAAUGCAUGUUGAAUGUUGAUGAAGUGUAUGUGACGGCUAGUCCGAGCGAGGUUCGGCCGAUUUAUAUACCGCCGGCUAGAGGUGAACAGGAGUAUUAUACGGUAAGUUACAGUAGGUUUUAGUGGUAGGAGUAUGUGAGCUAUAAGGUUUGGACUAGCAAGACGGCUUAGAAUUUAAAAAAAUUUUAAUUUAUGGCACGAUAUUUCUAAGCCGCAAUAACUUUCUUUACAGACAGUGAAUUUUACAAAAUUAUCAACUCAGGUUUAUUAUAUUUGUCAUUGCUUACUGUAAGUUUUAUCAAAAUCUGUAGUCGUUCAGUUUAGUUAUGACACUACGUUUUAAAACAGCAAUAACUUUCUUUACAACAAAUUAAAUAAAAAAAUAUUUUACACCAUGGCAUACAUUACCAAUGGCUAUUAUAUGCUGUAAUUUCACAGUAAUACUUGUACUUACAACAUAGUCAUGCUACUUUAAAGUAUAAUUUAGUGCCCUUGAAUAAGAAAAAAAAUUAUUAUAGGUUGUUCAAAUAAUUCUGUGCCUUCUAACCCUGAAAAUUUGUUUUAAGGGGGAGCACAAAAUUAUUUGAACAAACUAAUAUAACAUUGUUGGGUAGGAUUCAGGCUACUGUAUAUGGUAAUUUAUCGUACUUGAUAGACGGAAAAAGAAUUACUAUAACAAGAGGUACAGACUGUAUCCCAUAUUGUACUGUACCGUACAGUACAAUAUUGUUGCUAACAGAACUAGUUCGUAGUUUAAUUUAAAGCCAUUUUAAAUCUAAUUUUAAGCCAUUUCAGCCAGGAGAACAUCUCCCACUACAAAGCCGCAAUAAGGAUGUUACUGUACCGCCCGACGAUGGUUUAGAAUCCGUUUCUAUUACUGAAUUUACUGGCUCUGAAGAUCAUUUUACUCCAAGGAUGACCGUAUUACCUACUACAACUACAACCACUCAAAGACCUACUACUACCUCAACAUUGCCGCCUACUACAACAUUAACUACUACUACUACGGAACUAACCACUACUACUGAAGCAAGUACUACGACAAGCUACUGGUACUAUAGUACUACUGUAGCAACAACUAGAAGAAAAAAUUUGUACCGAGUUACUAGUACUCGAAAACCUACUACGACAGUACGACCGUACACUACAGUAGACUACUAUAUUACUAAAGGACUGGAGUAUGACACUACUACAGUAUAUCUUACUAGUACUACUACAUAUCCCACUACUAGUACUACUACAAUAACACGACGGCCGUACACAACAAGUACUGUAACCAUGAAGCCUACCGAGCAGUAUGUUCACGUAGCUUCUGAAGAUGAUACGGUAGCUACAUUAAGACCUACAGACAAGGUCUUACCAUCAACUACAGUACACACAAUAACCAAAGAUAGUAUGUUGGACACGACUCGUAUCAUACGACCAACCAAACCACCAAAUGUUGAGUUAGAUAAUCGACCGGUCGAUAACACAAAGACAGAGCCAAUCAGUACGAUACAAACCCAACCACUCAGUACGGCAAAGUCUGAAGAAGCAAGAGAUCUGGAAGUCGAUGAGACUUCAGAAGAGCUGACGAUCGAAGACCCAGAUGAAUUACCAGACACAGCUACUACAAUAUCACCAUUAGUGACGAAAGUUGUCGAUCUGCCAACUGAUGUACCACCACAUGAUUCGUAUGUAUCUGAUAUAGACUCUGAGGAACUAAAAGAGACUAAAAUCACUCCGACGAUGACUUCUGAUGACGAUUUAAAGGCUAAAAGUAGCUUGCAUACUACUGAAAUUGUUUAUGAAGAAGAUUCACUAGAGACUACGGAGAUUGUAAGACCAACAGAAUCAUUGGAUGAAGUGCGACUAGGUCUGUGUGAAGAUGCCGAUUGUGGAGAACAUGGUGUGUGUGAACCUGUGAAUCAAACUCAUGUAGCUUGUGCAUGUAGGGAUUACUAUGUCGGUCCGAACUGUGAUCAAUGUAAGUUGGUUCUGGGUGGACGUAGGCUAGAAAAGGGGAUUACUAGGCUGGGUUGGGUUAUGGGUUAGGCACUGGGACAGCUUGGACUGGGUCAAAGAAGGUUUGAAAGGGUCUGGGCUGACAGAUUGAAAGGGGCUGGGCCAACACCUGUGGACUCGAAGACCGGGCCCAAUGGCUUUGCCAAGCGACGCUUUUGAUCUGGUUUGGGCUGGACUUUACUUUGAGGCAUGGUCUGGUCUUUUUUGGGUCAGGCUUUUUCUUCUCUCUUAAAAAUUUUAAAAUUUAAAAAAAUUUUGAAAUUGCAAUUGAAAUUUACCAGCAAAGUGCCCAACCUGCUCUGCUCAGCAUCAGCUCAAAAUUUUUAUAUGAAUUUUCUGUAUUACCAAUAGUACCCAUAACAAGUUUUAGCUCUUACUUUUGUGUUUUUAAAAUUUAAAUAUUUGAAAUUCCCGCCAAUUUGGAAACAUUUGGCAUUGUGUUUCAACCACCUUUUUUCGACUUUCCAGACAAGCUACGCUUAAACUUUUAAAAAUGUAAUUCUAUUUAAAGCUUUUCUACUAGUAUAUCAAAGAAAAAUGAUUAAAAGUCAAAAAAGGACACAGUUAUAGCUUGAAGCACAAUGCCAAUUUGACGGGAAAUUCAAAACUUAAUUGUUUUAUCUGGAGUUUCUUGAGAUUGACUGGAAAACGCGAUUAGUACUUAUCUGAAGAUUUUAUAUUUACUUGAUCUUUCUAUGUAAAAAGUUUGGAGUUAAUCAGAGUGGGGCAGGUCGGGCUCUUUCUUUGUUAAUUUAAGUCUCGGGCCGGGAUUUUUUUGGGAUAGACUGGUUUUUUGCUAAGAUUUUUAAAAUUUUUUUAUUUUUAAAAUUUUUUUAAAAAUCUGAUUGAAGGUACUUGUAAAAUACUAUAGUAAACACCUUAGUACAAUCACUUUCAGUCAAACCAAUUGAAUACGCGGCCAAAUUCGAAGGAAACGCGUGGAUAAUGUUCUCCGUCGACGACUUCCCUCACCUGACCUCGGAAAAACGAGAGAUCGUGGAAUUCAGAUUCAAAACCACUGCCGAAUAUGGAGUUAUGUUAUGGCAGGGACAGACUACAGAAACAAGUGUAAUUGGAGAAGACUACGUCUCAAUCGGACUGAACGAUGGAUUCUUGGUGUUCUCGUACGAACUGGGAGGUGGAGCUGCUCAAAUCAUAUCUGAAACGCCGGUUAAUGAUGGCAAAGAGCAUUAUGUUAGGGUGGAGAGACGUGGCAGGAACGGCACGUUGGUUGUGGACAAUCAAGAGCCGGUCGAAGGACGGAGCAGUGGAAUAUUGGCCAUGUUGAAUGUUGAGGGGAAUAUUUACGUUGGUAGGGAAUUUUUUGGAGGAUUUUUAAUAGCUAAGCUUAAAUAGAGGAAGUAUAUUGUAAAGUAGUUUAUUUUGGAUGUAUUUACUCGAUAUGAAUUUGUUAUCUUGCUUUACAACAAAGUUAUGUUAAUUUAAAAGAUGUCGAAAAUCAAAAAAAGUUCGAAUCCGCUUGAAAAACAAGGACUUUUCCCUUCUGUUUGAUGCCAUAACAUUGUUAUAUCUUAUUGUAAUUUCUCAAAACUCUACAACAAUGCUCUACAUUACCUAAAAUUUAAUAUACGUACCAUACUUUAGAUAACACUUUUCAAAAACACUCAAAAAAUGCAAUUUAGGUGGCCUCCCGGACCUCACAACAAUGACAGCCGGCUUACAUUCCCACAAUUUCGUGGGAUGUAUAGCUGAUUUGAGGCUGAAUGAAGACCCACUAGAUUUGAUGGGUAAUGCCAUUGAUGGAAAGAACGUUCGACCGUGCGAUGGCUGGACGAGGAAACGGAAAUGGCUUCAACAAAAGUAUCGACAUCGACGGUUCAGGACUCAUGGUUAA